AUGCUCAGUGGAGCACAGAACAUUUUUUUGGAUCGUGAUGGGCACGGCGAGGAGCGUGGCCCAUCCACUUACGUGAAGCGUUUUGGUGGUGGGAGGCCGCGCGACCUGAACGCUUUGACAUUGGAGUCGCGGCCAUCCAGCCCCAGUCGUGCGCAGUCGUCGGAGGUCAUGCUGCGUAGCAGGCUCGGGUCCCGGCAGUGCUUGCCAACGACGCAGUUCAGUGGAAGUGGGGGGAUAUCCGUCUCUAAACAUAGUUUUUGUCGCAAGGAUAAGCGUCUCUUGCCGUUGCUGCAUCCAAAGGAUGAGGAGGCGUUUUUUCAUUCCCCGCUGAGCGUGACACCGAAUAUUGAACACUGCCGAAAUGUUACUGCAGAUGUUGAGGAUUCUGCUAACUUCAACCCACAAGAGACUGUGGAGGAUGAUGCAGUUGCAUCACAACAAGGCGUUUGGACGCAGCCUUUGGAAGAACGUUUUUCGCUGGACGACCUACGGCGGCUCAUGCACUUUUUCUCAGCGGAUUCAGAUGCUUUUGGAAACAACACUUUAGAGUCAGUGGAGGGAACAACAGGGCUCCGACGUGGGGAUAGCAUCGGGACGGAAACAACCAAGGAUGUUUUGCCUCUGCUAAAUGGAUCGUCAGGGAGGGAGGCGCCGGUGGAGAGUGCUAAACAAUCCCUAGAGUUAGAGGAACAACCGGCCCCAUGUGAGGAACAGUCCCAGGAACAUCACCCAAAAAGAUCUUUUCAAGGCCUUACUCAUACUCGUUUACCACAGCGAACUGAAGAAGAAUUGCAGCGUGUACUCUUGUCAUCGGAUCCGGUGAAUUGCGGUUUGGAACAUGAUGCGUACACUCGCGUUUUAUCCGAAACGGAGUUUGCGCAGGCUGUGAAAAUUAUUAUUCCUAGCGCUACUGAUGCGGAAUUAUGGACCUUCUUAGGAAGGUUGACUAUGAAGCGAAGGGGUGUACAACGUGGGAUGACUUUUCAACGUUUUUGGUGUCUCGAAGUCGUCACCGCUCUCAGGUUGCUCAUGGACCUGUUUCAGAGUUACUCGCAACGCCUGAACCAGAUUAUUGCCCUCCUUGUUCGCGGCACAUAA